CUUGACAUUGCAAAUGGGAUGAUCAAUUUACAUCACGUCUGGAUGCUUCAUCGAGACUUGAAAAGUCUGAAUGUACUUCUUAAAAUGGAAAACAAUGAAAUCAGAGGGUAUGUCUGUGACUUUGGAGAGAGCGUGAGUGUCAAAGACAUCGACUCGGGGUUUGUGGAGUGCCCGUUUUGGCUCCCCCCCGAAGUUAUUAGCAACAGAAAGUGGAGUACUAAGUCUGAUGUGUAUGCCUUUGGUGUCAUUUUGUGGGAAAUGUCAACAAGGAAGAGGCCGUAUGAUGGAAAAUUCGCAGCAGAAGUACAAAAGGAAAUUAUCAGCGGGAAAAGAUUAAGUAUGAAUAGAUCAUCGCCGUUGAAAGGUGUCGUCGAAAUGUGUUGGAAACAAGAACCAGAAGAAAGGCCUGAAUUUACUGAGAUUUAUAAAGUGCUUAAGGCUUUAUGA